AUGCACGAGGGGAUCAAAUCGGCCGCUGUGAAUCCGAACUUCGGAAUCCGAAACCGAAGUAAUGGCCGCAACCUUCAAGAUCAACAUAUGUUGUUGCUUGAUGUUUGUGGCUCAUCUGUUAGACUGAGUGAAGAUAAUGGUUUUGAAAGAACCUCCACACAGGAUCAGCCUCAUGGGAGCUGCUCGAAUCCACCUGCAAUCUAA